UUAUCAGAUAAUAUUUUAGAGUGUCUAUUUAGAUAAACUAUUCUGCUCAACAAAUGAUGUUUCUCAAAAAUGUUUUAGAUGGCUUCAUACCAAGAGAGCUUGAACGGCCAAGACCUUAUUACGGACUCUUGGAUCAGUGAUUUUAUCCCGGAUUCUGAAAUGUUGACAGCCGCCGAUGAAUUUUUUGAGUCAUUCUGCUCCGUACAGAGUCCGCAAAUAAUUUCAGACGAUACAGCGUAUAUUCCAGACGGCCCGCAGACCAUUUCAGAAGAAUCGUUCUCUCGAAUGGAUGGUAUACACGACGAUAAGAUUCUAAAACCUUCAAACAGCGGCAUGUUUGUAAAAAACAAAGCGUAUCCUGACGCCCCGACUGGUGGCUCCAACAAUUCUGCUGUGUUAAAGGAGAAUGAACCACCAUCCAUUAUAGAUCUCACAUCAUCCGGAUCACAAGCAAAAAAACAACGAAGCAAACGGGGCAAAGCACCCGUGAAGCGGAAAACUUUCACAGCCCCGGUCCCUUCUAGAGCAAGAGCAAAGCGAUCAAAUGGUGUUUUGUCGUCGGGGGACAGCAACGGUAUUGUGAGAAAUUCCUGCAUCGUAGAUACUCCGGAGCCAAGCACCAGCGCUCGCGACAGUUGGCGAUAUGAAAAUUUAACGGAUCCAUUUAUCUCUUGUCCAUAUGCUCCAAAAAGAAAAGAAAGUUGUAAAAAAUGGUACAGGAGAGAAAAUCAAACAGCAAAAACACCGCACUCAUCGCCGCAAUCGUUAUUUUCAGAAAUUCUGUCUCAACGUGAAGCGGCCAUAUCACCGAUUACCGAUAUAAUGAAAACACAGCGGUCUCCGGAGGGUGGUGAGUCAACAUGCAUGGUGAAUGACAAAACAGAUUUAUGCGACAUUAACUUAGUCCACGAUACACCAGAGGCCCAUAUUUUUAAAAGACGAAUAACAUUUGACACACCAGACACAAAUGAUGACGGUAGGGAUCAGGUUGGAAUCUGUCAGGUUCAGAAUGCCUCAUAUCAUCAUGUUCCGCUUGUACGUUCUUGCACUUGUUGGGACGAAAAUACUUACAAUGUAUUGAGUUCUCUUGCACGCUACAACGAUAAAAUGAUGCGUGUAGCCAACUAUUUAAGAUGUUUUGUGCGAGACUCUAUGUUUUUGGCAUUCAACAACCCCAACGAAAUUAGUGUGAUAAAAAUACACGCGGCACAUGAUAAAUAUGAAAGGUUGAUGACUCAUGUCGAUGAGAUUGAAAAAGAGAUGAUGGGUAAAAAUUGACUAUGCAUGAUUGGUGGUGGACAAUCUUAUAAAAACAAAAAA